AUGAGCCAGCACUAUGCCUAUCCUCCACCGCCCGCCUCCCGCCUUGCUACUGCGGGCUCGUCCUCGUCGUCUUCUGGCCCCUCUGGGCGGAAUCGGCCCGUGUCUGCCCGCCUGCCUUCGAUAUCAACUGCCUCCUUGACUCCUCCAGGCCCUUAUUCCUCGACGCCUCCAUCGGCAACGCAGCAGCAGCAGCAGCAGCAGCAUCUGCCAUACACGCCCAGUGCGCUCAAUCCUAGGACGACAGACGGCCUCCCGCCUCAGACGCCCGUCAUGGAGCCUUACAAUCCUCGACAGUGGAGCAGCCGAGGACACGUCUCUGGCUCGCAGAUGCUCUUCCAGCAGCGGCAGGCGAACGUGCCAGCCAACGCGGCGCAGAUGACGGGCAUGGAAGGUGUGUCAAUCUGUUCUUUCGUGGACGUAUAGGCCGUGCGAAUGUAUGUUGUUGAUCGACGAUGUUGUCGGACGCGCGAAUACUAGACGUGGAUGCGCUUCGUGAAGAUGCACUGAUCCAACAUCUACUAGCUGCUAUGCCCUCACCUCCACCUCCAUACUCCCCAGCAACACCGGAGAAUGCUCAUCGGGCUGCUGUAGCUUCACCCUUGAUGGAAAGCGUUGGCUUCACUGCUUCGCCACCAGCGGAAAGUUCACUGAGGCCCUCACCACAGGCUCCAAUGUCUCCCGCAUUCCCUCCACCGCCGCCUCAGUCGUCGAGGCAUCGUGAAAGGUCUGCAUCUGGAUUGGGUGGCAAUAGAUCGUUCUUUAGCCUUUCUGGUCUCCGAGGAAAGCAGCCUGCUCAGGCAGAGUUGCAACAGCCCCAGCAAAGCAAUCCUGCCCAGGCACCUAUGUUUGUUGACGCCCGACCUCCGGCAGCCAGGAGAGCAGCGUCAACAGGGCACAUGCCAGUCGGUAGCUCUGCAGCAUCCUCAGCUACAGGAUCCGCUGGACGCGACUCGCCUGAAAGCAGAUGGCAGCCGGGCAUGCCUCUCCCGGGACCUCCUCCAGGGCCACCUCCAGCCGGUCAUCGUUCUCAGAGUCUCAACAGACCGGCUGGAGUUUCUGGCUCUGGUAGAACCACUCCAGAUGCUGUAGUCCAAGUGCCUCGCCCACGACGAGCUGCGGCACCUCCCAGUAGUCUUGGUCCUGUACCUCCGACACCUUCAAAUUGGGAAGAUGACGACGCACGGAUAGUUCAGCAAGAACAAGCACCACCUGUACCUUCCCUGCCUGCUGCGGAUGCGCAACCACUGAGGAUAGACACUGGUUCGAGUCGGGAUUCGAUGCUUGCUCGAAGACCUGCAAAACGAGACACGAGCGCCCAAGGCAUCAGGGAACGGCGAUCGAGAAGUCGAGCAGCAAAGACUGGUGAGGAUGAAUCGCGACCUAGUGAUCUUGUCUUCUUGCCAACCGAAGGAGCUAUAAGCCGCAGGCGAGAGCACACGAGAAACAUUUCCGGCCUUGCGGGACCCUCCUCAGCACCAAGCUCAGCUUCUGGUCCACUACCUCCCUCUUCGAAAGCUCCAGCAAGUGUUAUGACACCGCCAUACACUCCUGCGGUCGGUAAAUCACCCGUAGAGUACAGAAAGAAGCAGAAUGUGAAGGUGCCUGGUAGUGCAUCAAGCGACAGGCCAAUCUCGCAUCUGCUUCGUACCCCAAACGAAGAUACUGGUGCAAUGCCCGCUCCUCUGAGCCCAGCACGGCCUCCCACUAGUGGGUCCGGGAAGGCUCCGUCCAACCUGGAUGCCUUUUCGCUGCAGGCGAUAGAGCGCCACAGGAGCUUCAUCGAGAAAGAGGCUGCGGCCGCAACCGACGAGGAGCGACUGGAACUUUUCGCUAACUUCAUUGUGCACGAGUCGCGUCUUCGACGCGACUGUUACCCUGCUGCUUACAAUGCGAUGGCCGGCGACAUUAUGGACCUUACUCGAGAUAUGUGGCGCUCUUAUGCUGGCCGAAGUAGCAGACGAGUAGUGACACCCAGCACAUCCAUGUCGUCAAUGGACCCGACAAUGCCUUCUUGGGCUUCUGAUGGGCAACCCGCAUCGGCUCACGCGAACGUGCCAAGCUCGGCAUCCUCCAUGGGUGAUUUUACGCCUGCCACAGACGCCGGAUCUGUUGGAGACAUCAGUGAAGGCUUUGAACGUCAUGAAGGCCGACAGUGGGCGGAUGCUUUCAAACCGUCUCUAUCGCCGAUACCUAGCAUGGCUGUCAGCACCGUUGCAGAUGAGCAUAGUUCACGAGGGCGAACAGCCAGUCGGUGGUGGGAAGCCAGCAACUCAGGGUCAGGAUCCAUUGGCAGACCAGAUCGAAUUGAGAAGUCGAAGAGGGAGACGAAGUACAUGGGAGUCAGCCCUGCAACGCUCCAAUUCAGCAACGAGGAUCCAGCUCCACGCAAUCCCACACCUGGAGCCAGUGAGCCGCCAUAUGCGUACGGUCCAGAUGAGUAUCCUCCGGAAAAGGUUGGUUGGCAUGAAGGCCAUGAUUUCGACACUCCGAUGGCCACGCCACAUAGGCAAGGGGAUCGCAAAGCAUCGACACCAGGCAUUGCUCCACUUGACGUAUCAAGGCUGGUAACACUUCCGCCGCCAUACCCUCGACACCACCCAGCCAUCAGCAAUAGCCAUCCACGAUUGAGCGACUACCGAUCUGUGCAUCGUGAACUCGCUGACCACGCCGAAGUGCAGAAGAUCAAAGACUCGUACAUGGACCAAGACUUCUCACUUUCCCGCGAGCAGCAAGAAGGCACAAAGCAGCGACGUGCUAGACUGAGGGCUGACAUUCAGCGCAAGAUCGCGGAUGGCAGCAUGUCGUUCGCCGAUGCUGCGAAAGCCGAGGCUGAUUUCGAUGUUGAAGAAGCGGAGCGCGGCAAGGCCACUGCGAGAGCCAACUUCGACGUCUUCGAGGGCAGUGUCUCUCACCCCAUGAACACCUUACUGACUGAGCGUCUGGACAAAGCCAAUGAUGCUAUGAAGCAGCUUCGCAGUGAUCUGGAGAGCGGGCAUUGGUCCGCGGAUCCUAACCGCGCGCAGGAAGAAGGGGACGAGCAUCCCGAACGGCUGGAGAAAUUGACGCUGCUGAAGUGGAUCUUCGAAGCUCGCGAGCACUUGCACAAGGAGAUGUUCGAUCUCCAUGCAAUGCGCAGCGAGAAGUAUUCCGAAGUCAUCCUCACCCCGUACCGCAUUUCCAAGGCUCAGGCGAAGAUGGACGAGGCGACUACUUUCUUCAAGAAGGAUGGCUCGGAACGGCAAGUCUCAUUCGCCAGGGACUCGCUCCGUCGAUUCGAAGAAUUCCAGAUCUUGAUCGAGCAGAACGUUUCCCGAGGAGUCGAAGACCAACUCUCGGCUUUCUGGGAUAUUGCGCCCGGGUUGCUCGAGGUGAUCCAACAGAUCCCCUCUCGCAUGGACGGCUUCGAAGUGGAAAUCCCUCCGCAGGAAUUCGAAGAAAACCCUUCAUACCACGAACACCCCUUGCAAUAUUUGUACAGCCUCUUGAAUCACGCGGAAAAGAGCGCGUACCAAUUCAUCGAAUCGCAGAUUAACUUACUCUGCCUUCUCCACGAAGUUCGAACUGCUACGACGAAAUCUCGCUUGAGACUUGGGGAAAUCGAAAGGAAUGCUGCGAGUCCGAAUGGGAGGGAUCUCUAUGCGGACAUGGCGCAGGCGAAACGGAAGGUGGAGGAUCAGCUUACGGCGGAUCUGAAGGAGAAGGUUGGGGAGGUGGAAAGGCAGUGGCAGGAGGCCUUGGGGGAUGGGAUGGAAGAGUGUAAGGAGAGGGUUAGUAUUUGGUUGGAGGAGAGUGGUGGGUUGGAGGAUGGGAUGGAUGGUUAA